AUGCCCGCCCAAGUGGAACAGAAAACUGUGGACCCUGAGGCCGAAUUGAGCAAUGUUCAACGAACGUUCCAAAAACUGGCGCCGAUGUGUAGCGUGGAGAAGCGAGCUGGCGGCGUGCCGCAGCUGGCGCCGCAGGAGAAACAGAUUGGCAUCCUCGCAAACGAGCUGAAAGAGACGCUGCUGUGCAUUAAUUUAGCUAAAAAAGGCCAGCACGCUCUUCGAGACAAUCUGGUGAAAAGUGGAACUAAAAAAUCCAUCGUGGAAUAUGAGCAUCUGGAAGGCGUCCUGAGAGAUGAGCGCGCGCAGCAAGCUGAGCUGGACUGCUUGAACUAUCUCGCACAGAAGCAGCUGGUGGAACUGCUGAAGAAGGUUCCGACUGAAGCGGAUGAACUUGCCAUGAUAGAAAACGCAAACAAUCGUCUCCGGCGCAUGGAGAAUCGCUUAGAUCUGGCAACAAAGCGCUUUUGUCUCGUCAACACGGACAACAAACGAGUCCGGGAAGAAAUUGAUCGGCUGCUGGUGGAGAGAAACGAUUUCAACAUCCAAUGGAACCGCACCAUCGGCAAACUGGUGAAGGGCAAGGAGUACCUCAUGGACAUCCUUGAGAUAGCUACGAAUGCGUUCGGCGACAGGGAUGAGUGCUGCCGGAAGGUUGAGGCGCUGAAGUGGAAGGGGCUGUUCCAACUCAAUAGAGAUAUAUCGGAGAUGCAAUCGUACGAGGGCGAGCUGAACCACCUCGCCAAGCUGGAGGAGUUCCUGCGCGUCAAGGGCUCUCGGCGCGUCUGCGAGGCGGACGAGAUCGAGGAGCUGCAGCGGCAGGAGGAGGUGGCGCGGUGCGAGCGCGAGAUCGCUGAACAUGACGCUCUACUGGAUGAGAUAUUUCAAUACGCCGGCUCGGAUAGAAUAACGACUGUCAUCAAUCACUUUCGAGCGACGGAAAUUCAGAAUUUUUCUAUUUUCGUCCUGCUCUGCGAAGUGUUGCAGGAAUCCAUUUUCAUUAGAAAGGAGUUGGAGAUAAUGAGACAAACUAUCAUGGACCAACGCGACAUAAACGAGGCAAGAGAAGAGAAACAGGACAAACGGCUAACAGAAAUAAGGCUAGAAUUAGAAAGCAAAAGAGAACAAGUGCGCGCCAUUUUGGACGCUAACAACAACGCUGAAGCCACCAUCUUGAAAGUAUUGAAAGGGAUCGAUGAUCUUGUCAGGUUGGCGAGGUGCGACGUGACGCCGCUGCUAUCGCUGCUCGGUAACCACAAGGAGGUGACGAAGUGGAACGUGCGCAAGUUCCUCAGGAUCCUCGAGUCGGAGGUGAAGAGUCUCAUCGAGGUCGCGUAUGGCGCUGUUAAGCCCCCGGCACCUACCCCCAAGGCGCGCAAGGGCCCUCCGCAGCCCACAACCAAGCUGGUGGCGGACCCCUACGUUGAGACGCUGCGGCCCAACAAGAUUGAGAAACUGGUGCCGUACCAGCCUUGUGCUUACUGUGUAGAGGACUACAUAAUGAACCUUGUGUUUGAGACACCAGCGGUACCAGCUGACAAAGAAUAUGUGCAGGGCAUAUUCAAAUUGGAAGAUGUCAACACUAAGUUUGGAAUUUACACACUUACUAUUCCUGCAAAGCGUCAUCCUUAUCGUGGACCAAAGAAGGAUUAAUUACAACAUCAUCUUUUUCAACUGUAUUGUUGUUCUUACGAAAU